AUGGCAGACCACAUCAAGCAGACGAAGAACGCCAUCAACGCCAAGAGGCAGGCAAUCGCCGAGGAGGAGGAGCGCCGCGCAUCAUGGACAGAAAGUCUCGCGGAAAUGGACAAGUUGAUUGCCAGUACCGGAGAUUCAGAGGAGAUGACGGUUAUGCGCACAGAGAUGCUCAAUGAAAUCGCCAAACACGACGCUAAACUUGACCGACUACGCCCUGAGCUCGCCGCUCUCGAAGCCCAGCUCCCCCAGACGCCCGCCGAGCCCGCCGGCCCCAAGUUCGACCCUGAGAAGCACCCGGUUCUGCGCAAGACCAUGGAGAAGCCGGAGCCCGAGAAGGCAGUCACAUUCAGCAUUGGCGACAUCUGUGAGGCGCAGUGGACUGACAGGUCCUGGUACAAGGCCAAGAUUCAGAGUAUCCUCGGCUCCGUCUCAGCUCCCAAGUACCUAGUUCGCUUCAUCGAGUAUGACGACACUUUGACCGUUGACCGCACCGCUGUACGCCCUCUUCCGAACAAGCGCAAGCGAGAGGCCGAGCCCGCGUCUGCCGCGACGCCAUCUGCGCCUGUUGUCUCAAGCGCCCACGUCAUUUCAGGACCUGCGAGCAUGAACCCGAACGUGCAGGGUGCCAAGAACCCUGGGGGUAUGGAGGCUACCGAAGACAAGAAGCCUAGUCGCAUAGCUAACAAGGGAGUGUUGAAGAAGAGACAGUCGAACUGGGCCGACUUCCAGAGCAAGGCCACCAAGAAGGGUGUUGCCAAGAAGGAAUCCAUGUUCCGUACCAGUACUGAGGCUGGUAGUCGAGUCGGCUUCACAGGCUCCGGCAAGGGCAUGACCGAGACCCACAAGCGCCAACGUUACGACCACAAGGCCGACGCCGACAAGGAUGACGAGUACUCUGCCGACCGCAAGCGCUUUUGA